AUGACUUCGAAGCAAGAAGAAAUUUUGAAGGAUCUUACUAUUGUGGUGCGCUCAUUGAUAACUUCUAUGAAGCCGCCGGUCAGCUUGCAAUGCAUAGAGCGCGAUUAUAAGAAGGUGGAAAAUGCGCCAAUACCUUAUCACAGGCUUGGCUAUCGAAGUACCCUCGAAUUAUUGGAGAAGACAAAUGCAUUCAACUUCCAAAAAGUCGGAACAGAAAUCUUUGUCACCGCCAAGCCCAACCCCAAAUCGGCGCAUAUUGCUUCUAUGGUACGUUCUCAAAAGGAAAGCAAGCAUAAACCUAAUUUUCGAUCGUCGGCUUUCUCUGCGCCUGCCCGCUCAAACAUACGCUUCAAUCCCUCCGGCUAUAACAAUGCGCGAUCGGCUGUAAGCAGCAAUUAUCAGCAAAAUAGUGCACCACGCGCAGCCUCACAACAACUCCAAGUGCAGAAACAAUAUCAGCAGCCACAGCAGCAAUAUCCGCAACAGGAGCUGCUGGGCUUGCGUGCCGAGCUGGUGCAGAAGCUCGAGCUAUUGCGUCUGCAACAAGAGGAACAGAAGCAGCAGGAACUUGAAAUCCAGCGUCGUCAGGCGGAGUUGCUCGAGGAGCAGCAGCAGCAAAAGUUUCUAUUGCAGGAGCAGCAGGUAAAGAUCGAUAAUCAGAUUAAGCAGCUGCAGGAACAGCACGAGCGUGGACUCGAAGCACAGGCGCGCACCAUUGAGCAACUGCAGGCGGAUCGCCUGGCGCUGCGGCAUCACUUGGAAAUCCUAGAGCAGAAGCAUCGUGAAGAUAAGGCAAAGCAAACAAAGAGUUCGCUUCAGUUCACGCUCCCAGAUUCAACUGUCACAGCUGAGAUGAACGGCAACGCAACGAAGGCUGCUGCCGCCAGUGCCCGCAAGCCCCAUCUGCGUCCCAUAUUGGGCAAUAGCGCGCCAUCGCAGCGUCCGGCUCCAAUGAGACAGCCAGCGGCAGAGGCAAAACCAGGCGCUGGCGCUGGUGCUGCUGCAGUCGCCGCUUCACCCAUUAAAUGGCCAACGCAUCCGCGAGUUCAAUAUCCUAUCCGUGAUACGCGUCCCACAGGCAGCGUCUCUGUCAACUAUAGAUUGAAGCAACAGCAAACGGCAGUUGUUGCACCAAAAGCAGCAGCACCAGCAGCAACUGCGCCGACAAAUGCUUCGACAGUUGAUAGUCUGAUAACUCCACCAGCCUCGCCCGAGAAUGCAGCUGCCAAGAAUACUUCGACGCCAGUGGCCGCUGCUCAGCAGCCGCUGUUGCAGCUUCAACCAACACGUGCCGAUAUCCAUUUCAAGUUCGAUCCCGCAUACGAUGCAAUCUCCUCGCUCAAGCAAUAUUGCGUCGUGUUGGGCUAUGCGCCGCCAGCGUACGAGUUUUAUAGUGCGAACAAAACCCAAAUGCUGCACUGCAAGGUGCGCAUUGGCGAGACAGUCUUCACCAGCUAUCCGGAGGCGCACUUUGAUGAGGCAACAGCAAUGCAGCGCACCGCUGAGGUGGCCGUUGAGCGGCUGCAGGCACUUGAGGCGCGCAAACAACUGUCGAUUCUCAGCGAUAAUGAAUUUCUCGAUGGCCUGUACCAGGAGCUGAUCAGGCAUCCGCAUGGCAUCGUUAGCCACAAGCUGCCCGAAUGGUACGAGGCGAAUGUGAGGCGUCAGGUGCCCAGCAAUUGGUGGUCCCUGAUCAAUUCGUCGCCCAAAAUGCGCAUCGAGAGCAGCGUCAACACGCACAUUGUAUUUGCCAAUGCUGAGAACCCAUCGCCCGUCGUCCUGCAGCAGCCGAGCAAUGUUGGCCCGUUGGCCAUGCCAGAGCUGCGGUUGCCGUGGACGGAUGGCCAGCAGGACUGGAGCAUGUAUAUCACGCACUGUGACAACACGACGCAUGUGUGGGCGCGCCUGAUCGAUCAGAGUGCACAGUUCGAAAGGUUGACCGAGCAGCUGAAUGCGCAUAUGUCACGUCUGCAGAAUCGUCAGCCGGUGCCACAGCAGCCCGUGGAGCAGCAGAUCUAUCUGGUGGAGGUCAGCGAAAACUGGAAUCGUGUGCGUGUCAUAUCGUUGGAUGCGGAGCAGCGGCAGUGCAGCUGCCACUUUGUGGACUUUGGCGACGAGGUGGUCUUUAGCUAUGAUAUGCUCUAUGUGUGUCCAUCGAAAUUCCUCUCGCUGCCCGCUCAGGCUGUGUGCCUCAGCAUGUAUGCCCUGGACAAGUUCGAGGAGCACCCCCAUGCACUGCCCGUGCUGGCCAAGGAGCUGGCCGGGCAUAGCGUUGUCACUCGCAUCAUUACCAGCGAGGCACAAUUCCUCAAGGCCGGUGGAUUGGCUCAAGGUGUGCUGCUGCCCCAGCGAGAGGCAUCCGCUACCGAAGAGAAUGGCUGUGGAGUAUCGCUGGUGAGGCGUGCGUGCAUCGUGGGCACCUUCUAUGACACCUCCACAGCGGAGGACAUCCAUCUGAAUGAUUUGGUGGCCAAUCAGAUAAUUCGCAACACGCCCGCACCGAUGCUGAAGCUGGAACAGAAGCCGAAUCAUGUGCUCGUCUCGCACGUGAACGAUAUGGGCGACCUGAUGGUGCAGCUGCCCAACGAAGAUCUCAAGUUUGUGCAGCGCAGCAUUGCCCGGAUCAUGAGCGACAGCAGCGAACAGCAUCGCGUGCGCUACACCGAUCUGCUGCACGAUCAAUUGGUGUGCGUGUGCGACGAGACUGGUGAUGGGGUGAAGCAGUGGCAUCGCGGCAUGCUCACCGCCAAGCCGAAGAGUCCCGAGGAGGAGGUGUUCGAUGUGUAUUAUGUGGACGACGGGCGAUUGCGCAAAACGCACAUCUCCAACAUUUAUCGCCUGGAAGCGAACAAUCUGGCCCUUGCCGCCUAUCCGGCUCAGGCAUUGCGCGUGCGUUUGCAUGAUGUGCCGCCGAUUGAUAACCAAAUGGUGGGACGACUACGUGGCCUGCUGUCGCCGCAGACGCCAGUGCUGCUCAAGGUCAUGGAGGGCGCCAACGAUAAGCUGCCGAUGGUAACGAUUCAUGCUCGCGGUCAGGACAGUCUCUAUCUCUGCCUGAACAGCGCGAUUCGUGUGGAGUACGAGGUGCAGAGCACGACGCGGCUGGAGCCGUUCGAUGACGGCGGGCUGCACUUUAGUCCCAGCGGACAGCUGAUUCGUCGCAGCAGCUUCAGCUCCACGGUGUCCAGCCAAAGCAGCUGCAGCGAUCAGCCGGCAGUAGCAGCAGCAGCCGCCGCUGGGCUUGCCUCGCCGCCCACCACGCCCAGCAAGGCGAAGAGCAGCCCCCUUCUGCCCGUACUGAAGGAGUACGAGGCCAUACCCGCUGUCGGUGCCUACUUCGAGGUGCGCGUAGCGCUCUCUGUGAAUCCAGGUCACUUUGCAGUUCAGCCAUACAAGUGGUAUAAUCAGCUGCAGCGCAUGAUGAAGGAUCUGCAGGCGCAUUGCAAGAGUCCAGCAGCGCAGACCGUGCUGCCGGCACAGCUGAGCAUUGGUCAGCCCUAUGCGGCGGCAGAUGCCGACGGCGUCUAUCAUCGCGUAAAUAUACGAAAGAUUUACGAUGAAAUGAUACACGUGCGCUAUGUGGACGCAGGUGACGAUGGUAUCGUGCGCUGCAAUCAGCUGCUGCAGCUAACACCGGAGUUCAGGGAGUUGCCCAUGAUGGCGUUGCCAGCACAGCUGCAUGGCAUUCAACUGGCUGGCAUCGACUGGACGCAGGAGAAUUGUUUGCGAUUUCGUAAGCUGACGUUGGGCCAGAAAUUCAUUGGCAUUGUGAGACGCGUGGAUAAGCUGAAGGAUGAGCGGCGUGCGCUCAGCUUGGAGCUAAUUGAUACCUCAACGCCGCAGGACAUUAAAGUGCACGAAACACUGAUAAGCGAGAAACAUGCGCUGCCUGCACCAUAAUACUAUACCAUAACGAUCUUCCUCAAUUAACGACUCAUUUGUUUUGUUUACGUUUAUUUGUUUAACCGAUGUGUGGCCCACAGAUGCAUAUAAACACAUAAAUACAUAUACAUAUAUAACUAUGAGAGCCAACAUUCCGAAAUUCUACCUAAGCAUAUGUAUAUCUACUAUUAUUAUUAUUAUGUUACUGAGUUGUAUUCAAACGCAAAGCGCAACAAUAAAUAAAUUAUGAUAUUUUGCUACCGAGAGAAUGGA